GUGAGCAGGGUACCAGUAGAGAGCUGUGAACAGUACUCCACCUGUGGCCAGUGCCUGGGCUCCAAAGACCCCCACUGUGGCUGGUGUGUCCUCCACAACGUGUAAGUACCCAGACUGUACCUUCGGUCUACACACUCUCACUCAUAUGCAGCUAUCUCUGGGUGCAUGCUGUACUGUCACUCAUAUACAGCUACUCUGUGUACAUGCUGUACUGUCACCCAUAUACAGCUAUCUCUGGGUACAUGCUGUAUUGUCACCCAUAUACAGCUAUCUCUGGGUACAUGCUGUACUGUCACUCAUAUACAUCUAUCUCUGGGUACAUGCUGUACUGUCACUCAUAUACAGUUAUCUCUGGGUACAUGCUGUACUGUCACUCAUAUACAGCACUACUCUGUGUACAUGCUGUACUGUCACCCAUAUACAGCUACUCUGGGUACAUGAUGUACUGUCACUCAUAUACAGCUAUCUCUGGGUACAUGAUGUGCUGUCACCCAUAUACAGCUAUCUCUGGGUACAUGCUGUACUGUCACUCAUAUACAGCUAUCUCUGGGUACAUGCUGUUCUGUCACUCAUAUACAGCUAUAUCUGUGUACAUGCUGUACUGUCACUCAUAUACAGCUAUCUCUGGGUACAUGCUGUACUGUCACUCAUAUACAGCUAUACCUGGGUACAUGCUGUACUGUCACUCAUAUACAGCUAUCUGUGGGUACAUGCUGUACUGUCACUCAUAUACAGCUAUCUGUGGGUACAUGCUGUACUGUCACUCAUAUACAGCUAUCUCUGGGUACAUGCUGUUCUGUCACUCAUAUACAGCUAUCUCUGGGUACAUGCUGUACUGUCACCCAUAUACAGCUAUCUCUGGGUACAUGCUGUACUGUCACUCAUAUACAGCUAUCUCUGGGUACAUGCUGUACUGUCACUCAUAUACAGCUAUCUUUGGGUACAUGCUGUGCUGUCACCCAUAUACAGCUAUCUCUGGGUACAUGCUGUACUGUCACUCAUAUACAGCUAUCUCUGGGUACAUGCUGUUCUGUCACUCAUAUACAGCUAUCUCUGGGUACAUGCUGUACUGUCACUCCAGUUAUAUGUUUCCAAUGCCUGAGUAUGAGUGUGUCCCGAUAGUCUAACAGAGUACCUGUCUCCUUUCUGUUGUCUGCACUGUGAAGUGGAUAAAGGGCUAAACAAAUCUUUAGGUAGUUCUCCAUUGGCUUUAACCUGUCAGGCUCUCACAGAUGAGAGGUCUUGUGGGCAAGACUGAUGAGGAAAGGAGGCCACCUGUUAGCAUUGGGACUCAGGCUCUGUGUUAGCUAGCCUUAAUGCUAUCCUCCGAAGUGAAAGCCUUAGCUAUUUGCCAGCACAUGAAAAUCCAUGUUGAUACUGUCUUCUAUCUUUUAUAAGAUCUUAAGAUGAAUGAAUAAACUUGCUAGUAGCAGAUGGUAGUGCUGAGCAUGCCAGGUGUCCUUGUUGAAACCCCACAUAUGUUGGAGUGUUACUUUUCCUCUCAGUGUGUUGCGCUACAGCAGAGUGUUUUAGCUUGCUAGUCAUUGUGUUACACACUGUACAGUAGGCAUAGUCAAUGGUGUUUUUGACACAUGUGUGAGUGUUUUUCCUCUAUGAGCGUCGAGAGGUGUUGUGUGUGUAUGGGUGACCGUGAUGCAGUGUGUGUGUGUAUUGGGGAUGUGAGAGAGAGUGUGUGUGUGUGUUUGGGGAUUUGAGAGGGUGUGUGUGUGUAUGGGGGAGGUGAGAGGGUGUGUGUGUAUGGGGGAGGUGAGAGGGUGUGUGUGUGUAUGGGGAGGUGAAGGGUGUGUGUGUGUAUGGGGGAGGUGAGAGGGUGUGUGUGUAUGGGGGAGGUGAGAGGGUGUGUGUGUAUGGGGGAGGUGAGAGGUGUGUGUGUGUGUGUGUGUAUGGGGGAGGUGAGAGGGUGUGUGUGUGUUGGGGUAUGGGGUGGGUGUUGGGUGAGGGGGUGUGGUGUGUGUGUUAUGGGGGAGGUGAGAGGGUGGGUGUGUGUAUGGGGAGUGGGGUGUGUUGUGUGUGUUGGGGGAGGUGAGAGGGUGUUGUGUGUGGUGAGUGGUCGGUGAUUGUAAUUGAGGACGCGGACGAGACAGGAAAGGUGACGGAAACACAAUCAGAAUCGACUCAAGAUGUUACUGACCUCCAGUCACAAUCAAGAUCGACUCAAGAUGUUACUGACCUCCAGUCACAAUCAGGAUCGACUCGAGACAUUACUGACCUCCAGUCACAAUCAAGAUCGACUCAAGAUGUUACUGACCUCCAGUCACAAUCAGGAUCGACUCGAGACAUUACUGACCUCCAGUCACAAUCAAGAUCGACUCGAGAUGUUACUGACCUCCAGUCACAAUCAAGAUCGACUCGAGACGUUAUUGACCUCCAGUCACAAUCAAGAUCGACUCGAGACGUUACUGACCUCCAGUCACAAUCAGGAUCGACUCGAGACAUUACUGACCUCCAGUCACAAUCAAGAUCGACUCGAGAUGUUACUGACCUCCAGUCACAAUCAAGAUCGACUCGAGACGUUACUGACCUCCAGUCACAAUCAGGAUCGACUCGAGACAUUACUGACCUCCAGUCACAAUCAAGAUCGACUCGAGACAUUACUGACCUCCAGUCACAAUCAAGAUCGACUCGAGACGUUACUGACCUCCAGUCACAAUCAGGAUCGACUCGAGACAUUACUGACCUCCAGUCACAAUCAAGAUCGACUCGAGAUGUUACUGACCUCCAGUCACAAUCAGGAUCGACUCGAGACAUUACUGACCUCCAGUCACAAUCAAGAUCGACUCGAGACGUUACUGACCUCCAGUCACAAUCAGGAUCGACUCGAGACAUUACUGACCUCCAGUCACAAUCAAGAUCGACUCGAGAUGUUACUGACCUCCAGUCACAAUCAGGAUCGACUCGAGACAUUACUGACCUCCAGUCACAAUCAAGAUCGACUCGAGAUGUUACUGACCUCCAGUCACAAUCAAGAUCGACUCGAGACGUUAUUGACCUCCAGUCACAAUCAAGAUCGACUCGAGACGUUACUGACCUCCAGUCACAAUCAGGAUCGACUCGAGACAUUACUGACCUCCAGUCACAAUCAAGAUCGAUUCGAGAUGUUACUGACCUCCAGUCACAAUCAAGAUCGACUCGAGACGUUACUGACCUCCAGUCACAAUCAGGAUCGACUCGAGACAUUACUGACCUCCAGUCACAAUCAAGAUCGACUCGAGAUGUUACUGACCUCCAGUCACAGAGCGUUUGACCUUCCCUCCUCCUCGCAGAAACGGAGCGCUCCACUUAUUCUGCUCAUAUCCCAUUGGAUAGCGUCCCUCAAUCAAUUUUUACCCCCCCCCCACCACUCAGAAUGAUAGGUAUUUAAGACAUGUUUUUCACCCUGUGGCAUUUUCUCCCGCAGUAGCUUAUUAGUCAUAUUUGUCUCGUUCGUCAGCCGUGCAGUUCUCGACACUGUAGGAGAGCGGUCCAAGAAGCAAAGCUAAAGUGAUAUUAACUGAGACGCACACACAUGAAUGCUUAUAAUAUGCACAUGCAUAAAGCUGCAUGCACUCGUGCACACUCUGUUCAACUCUCCAGGGGUCAAGAAGGGGUCAGAGAGAAGGCCUGUUCAACUCUCCAGGGUUCUCUUUAGGGAGUAAUGCGGUCCACAAGCAAUAUCACCAUGACUUCUCUCUGUGUAUGUGUGUUAGUGUGUGUACACGUGUGUGUGUGUGUGUGUGUGUGUGAGAGAGUCAGUGGGGAGGGUUGAGAGACCGUAUUCUGCUGAGUGGGAAGGUUGGUAUACCAAGGCUAAGAUGAGGCACUUUGCAUUGUGGGAAGGUUGGUAUACCAAGGCUAAGAUGAGGCACUUUGCAUUGUGGGAAGGUUGGUAUACCAAGGCUAAGAUGAGGCACUUUGCAUUUUUCUCUCCUUUUAUUGUGCAUUGCUGAGGCAGUGUCAGUUCAGAGACGUUGUUUUGUUAUGAAGAGGUGGUAGUGUAAAUUGGAACAUUGGUGUGUGUUUUUUUUUUUUUUCUGGUUGUGCAGAUGGCUGAUCAUAUGGAAGAUGUUUCUGACCUUAUUGAGAGAUGUGUGUGUGCGCCUGUGGGGUUUUUAGGCUAAUGGUAUAUCAUUUUCACAUUUACAUUUUAGUCAUUUAGCUGACGCCCUUAUCCAGAGCAACUUACAGGAGCAAUUAGGGUUAAGUGCCUUGCUCAAGGGCACGUCAUCAGAUUUUUAACCUAGUUGGUUUGGGUAUUCAAACCAGUGACCUUUCGGUUACUGGCCCAACGCUCUUAACCACUAGGCUACCUUAACCACUAGGCUACCUUAACCACUAGGUUACCUUAACCACUAGGUUACCUUAACCACUAGGUUACCUUAACCACUAGGCUACCUUAACCACUAGGUUACCUUAACCACUAGGUUACCUUAACCACUAGGUUACCUUAACCACUAGGCUACCUUAACCACUAGGCUACCUUAACCACUAGGUUACCUUAACCACUAGGUUACCUUAACCACUAGGCUACCUUAACCACUAGGUUACCUUAACCACUAGGCUACCUUAACCACUAGGCUACCUUAACCACUAGGCUACCUGCUGCUCAUUGAUAUCACUCUAUUCAUGCACCAAAUACAUUUGGGGGGUGUGUUUGUAUUUAUGUGUGUGUGUAAUUUCUGACCUUCUCUUCUCUAGGUGUUCCCGUAAGGACAGAUGUGAGAGAGCAGAUGAACCCCAGCGGUUUGCCUCAGACCAGCGUCAGUGUGUGGAGCUCAGUGUUCAGCCCAAGAACAUCUCUGUCACCAUGUCCCAAGUCCAGGUGUGUGUGAAAGAGAGAGUGUGUGUGUAUUGAUACAGUAACUGUAUAUAAAUAUGUGUUUAUGUAGAUACACACCAGUAACUGUGUGGCAUGCCAAUAAGUAGCUAACUACGUGCUUGUCUCAUUAAAGACCUUAACAUGUUCUUCACACUAACCUUGCCACAAAGUCCCCAGUCCUCACAUUAGCGCUCAAUAUAUUCCAGGACUACGUUCCAAAUAUCCACACUAGCCUACCACUUUUAUAUUCAAGUAUUGUGAUGGCAGCAUCAUGUUAUAGAUAUGCUUGUCACCGGCAGGGACUGUGGAGUUUGUCAGGAUCAAAACAAAUAUGAAAGUAACAAAGCCCAUGUAAAAAGUUGGAGGAAAACCCACCUCUGUUUUCUGAAAACUCCAAUCCUGCGACAGCGUGACAUUUACACAUAUUUGACUCCUAAAGACACCAGCAUGGCUUUCCAAGAGGUGUUAUGAGUUCCUGAGUGGUCCAGUCUCAGUCCUGACUCAGAAACAAGGUUGGAAUACUGCUGUCCAACAAUGAUUCCCAACCAAAUGUACUGAUCUUGAGGAAUUAUGACAAAAACCAUGGAUAUUCUUCACAAUGAUUCACAGCUAUAAUUGCUGCCAAAGGUGCUUCCACCAAGUAUUAACUACACGAUGAAAGGUAUGUGGACACCUGCUCAUUGAACAUCUCAUUCCAAAAUCAUUGGCAUUAAUAUGGAGUUGGUCCCCCCUUUGCUGCUAUAUCAGCCUCCACUCUUCUGGGAAGGCUUUCCACUAGAUGUUAGAACAUUGCUCCGGGGACGUGCUUCCAUUCAGCCACAAGAGCAUUAGUGAGGUUUGGCACUGAUGUUGGGCAAUUAGGGCUGGCUCGCAGUCGGCAUUCCAAUUCAUCCCAAAGGUGUUAGAUGGGGUUGAGGUCAGUGCUCUGUGCAAGCCAGUCAAGUUCUUCCACACCGAUCUUGACAAACCAUUUCUGUAUGGACCUCACUUUGUGUACUGGGGCAUUGUCUUGCUGAAACAAGAAAGGGCCUUCCCCAAACUGUUGCCACAAAGUUGGAAGCACAUAAUUGUCUAGAAUGUCAUUGUAUGCUGUACCGUUAAGAUUUCCAUGAAAAACAGCCCCAGACCAUUAUUCCUCCUCCGCCCAACUUUACAGUUGGCACUAUGCAUUCGGGCAGGUAGCGUUCUCCUGGCAUCCGCCAAAACCAGAUUUGUCCGUCGGACUGCCAGAUGGUGAAGUGUGAUUCAUGUGCGGCUGCUCGGCCAACAAAAAGUUUUUGUGCUGACGUUGCUUCCAGAGGCAGUUUGGACAGACAAUUUUGUGCUUCAGUGCUCGGCGUCCCCGUUCUGUGAGUGGCCUACCACUUCGCAGCUGAGCCAUUGUUGCUCCUAGACGUUUCCAUGUCACAAUAACAGCACUUACAGUUGACCGGGGCAGCUAUAGCAGGGCAGAAAUUUGACGAACUGACUUGUUGGGAAGGUGGCAUCCUAUGACGGUGCCACUUUGAAAGUCACUGAGCUCUUCAGUAAGGCCAUUCUUCUGCCAAUGUUUGUUAAUGGAGAUUGCAUGGCCGUGUGCUCGAUUUUAUACACCUGUCAGCAACAGGUGUGGCUGAAAUGGCCGAAUCCACAAAUUUGAAGGGGUGUCCACAUACUUUCGUAUAUACAGUGGGGAGAACAAGUAUUCGAUACACUGCCAAUUUUGCAGGUUUUCCUACUUACAAAGCAUGUAGAGGUCUGCAAUUUUUAUCAUAUGUACACUUCAACUGUGAGAGACGGAAUCUAAAACAAAAAUCCAGAAAAUCACACUGUAUGACUUUUAAGUAAUUAAUUUGCAUUUCAUUGCAUGACAUAAGUAUUUGAUCACCUACCAACCAGUAAGAAUUCCGUCUCUCACAGACCUGUUUGUUUUUCUUUAAGAAGCCCUCCUGUUCUCCACUCAUUACCUGUAUUAACUGCACCUGUUUGAACUCGUUACCUGUAUAAAAGACACCUGUCCACACACUCAAUCAAACAGACUCCAACCUCUCCAAAAUGGCCAAGACCAGAGAGCUGUGUAAGGACAUCAGGGAUAAAAUUGUAGACCUGCACAAGGCUGGGAUGGGCUACAGGACAAUAGGCAAGCAGCUUGGUGAGAAGGCAACAACUGUUGGCGCAAUUAUUAGAAAAUGUAAGAAGUUCAAGAUGACGGUCAAUCACCCUCGGUCUGGGGCUCCAUGCAAUAUCUCACCUCGUGGGGCAUCAAUGAUCAUGAGGAAGGUGAGGGAUCAGCCCAGAACUACACGGCAGGACCUGGUCAAUGACCUGAAGAGAGCUGGGACCACAGUCUCAAAGAAAACCAUUAGUAACACACUACGCCGUCAUGGAUUAAAAUCCAGCGCAAGCCAGCGCAUGUCCAGACCCGUCUGAAGUUUGCCAAUGACCAUUUGGAUGAUCCAGAGGAGGAAUGGAAGAAGGUAAUGUGGUCUGAUGAGAUAAAAAUAGAGCUUUUUGGUCUAAACUCCACUCGCCGUGUUUGGAGGAAGAAGAAGGAUGAGUACAACCCCAAGAACACCAUCCCAACCGUGAAGCAUGGAGGUGGAAACAUCAUUCUUUGGGGAUGCUUUUCUGCAAAGGGGGCAGGUUGACUGCACCGUAUUGAGGGGAGGAUGGAUGGGGCCAUGUAUCGCGAGAUCUUGGCCAACAACCUCCUUCCCUCAGUAAGAGCAUUGAAGAUGGGUCGUGGCUGGGUCUUCCAGCAUGACAACGACCCAAAACACACAGCCAGGGCAACUAAGGAGUGGCUCCGUAAGAAGCAUCUCAAGGUCCUGGAGUGGCCUAGCCAGUCUCCAGACCUGAACCCAAUAGAAAAUCUUUGGAGGGAACUGAAAGUCUGUAUUGCCCAGCGACAGCCCCGAAACCUGAAGGAUCUGGAGAAGUUCUGUAUGGAGGAGUUGGCCAAAAUCCCUGCUGCAGUGUGUGCAAACCUGGUCAAGACCUACAGGAAACGUAUGAUAUCUGUAAUUUCAAACAAAGGUUUCUGUACCAAAUAUUAAGUUCUGCUUUUCUGAUGUAUCAAAUACUUAUGUCAUGCAAUAAAAUGCAAAUUAAUUACUUAAAAAUCAUACAAUGUGAUUUUCUGGAUUUUUGUUUUAGAAUUCCGUCUCUCACAGUUGAAGUGUACCUAUGAUAAAAAUUACAGACCUCUACAUGCUUUGUAAGUAGGAAAACCUGCAAAAUUGGCAGUGUAUCAAAUACUUGUUCUCCCCACUGUAUAGUUUAUAUUACAUGUCCAUCCAUUAAACCCUUGGUGUUUUGACAUGUAUUUCAUAUCUCCACAAUAUCUGUCUUAAGAAUAUAUGCCCUAUAUUCCAUUGAUUUGUCCCAAGCUGGUGCUGGAGGCGCGUAACGUCCCUGACCUCUCUGCGGGGGUCAACUGCUCCUUCGGGGGAUACGUGGAGACGGAGGGGCGCAUCCAGGGGAGCCACAUCUACUGCUUGUCCCCCUCGGCUCACAAUGUCAUCCCCAUCACCCGCAACAAAGGUGAGAACGCCGCCCGGACCCUGCCGCCUCUGGCGCACACUGAUGGUGUCAUAAUGUCACAGCCCACUCCUCCCCCCUUAGAAAAUAGAAAAGAAAAAGGCUUUUAUGCCAAUGAUGAUAUCACACGCCUGUGGGCUCAUCACAGUCAGUGGAGGCUGGUAAAUGGAGUAGUGGCUGGAAUAAAAUAAAUGGUACGGUGUUAAUGUAUUUGAUAACAUUCCAAUCAUUCCAUUCCAGCCUGUCCUUACAAUCCUACAGUCUCCCUCCUCCUCAUCUUCGCAAUAGCUUCGCCUUGACCAGAAUUGCACAUUUCAUGGCUUUAUUUACAUAACUCAAUAAUACUUUCUGAGUUUCUCUGUAACUACCAAUCUUUCCCCCCCUAAUUGCUCCCCAAAGCAUCAAUAUUCUAUAUUCAUCCUCUCCAAUAUGACAUGUUUAAGAUAGUUCAGAAGCAGUUCCAUUGCCAUGCGUUAUGCAUCUUUAUCAGUUCUAAUGCAAUCAUGCCACAAUGAUACCACUGUUGCCUGUGAUGUCUCUUCAAAGCUUGGAGAUGAAGGAGACGUAUGUAUUUAGAUUCCCAGAAGUGAUGUGUUUAGACUUGAGAGUUCCUAAAGCAGAUUUCUUAUCCGCCAUUAUGUAUUGUUAUCGGCUUUAAUGCAAUCUAAUGGUCCCUGUGACGCUAAGAGCAAUUUUUACCUGACUUAUUCUCUCCAUAGUCUCCAAUGCAUGACAUAAGUGUAAUGUUGCUAAGUGAUGUGCGUGUCUCCGUAGGGGACAAGCGCAUGGUGAAGCUCUACCUCAAGUCCAAGGAGACGGGCAAGACAUUCGCCGGCGUGGACUUUGUAUUCUACAACUGCAGCGUGCACUCGUCGUAAGUUUUCUAAAUUGUUUUGUUUUUCUGUAAUGUCUUUAAAAACUUGUGUACUUUUUUUGUUAUUUCAUUUUUUUUGUUUUGGGCUUUCUCCCUUCUCCCCUUCUCUUCCAUCAGUUCUGUUUUCCCCUCGGUCCUCUUGUUACACUGCCCCUGAGAGGAUGCAGUGAGCCUGCACACACACACGCAAACACACACACACACACACAUCCCCACCCCCCUGUAACCUCUGUGCACCUAGGUGGCUCAUGUUACCAUCACUGAGUAAAAAUCUAACCCUCCAUAUAUGACGAGACACCGAGAUUCAAGAUGGUAAUACAAAAGGUUAAUACAUAUCAAAAUCUGCCCAAAAUAAGCUUUGUGUCGUGGUUAGUGUUUAUGUAACCUCUUUUCAAUUGCUACUGCGUAUGGGGGCUCGUCCGGGAUCUUGUUUCCUAUUAGUAUGGUAGUUGCUUUAAUCACCUACUCUGAAGCUCUGCUGUGCAGAUAUUUGAGUGUUCAAAAUACACUUUUGUGGUAGUUUCUGUCACUGACAUCCACCCGGAGGGGUUAUAAGAUUGGUUGUCAAUUUGAAAGUUGCAUAAACACACAGGCUAAUAAAUUAAAAAACCCAUGGACUUUAAGUUGGAAGCAUUUGUGGAAAACCCUACAUGGGAGAUGCUAGAUAAAUGUACGAAGGUGAAUCUGCGCAUUAUUGCAAAGCAUUAUGACUUCAAAGUUGCACAUGCUGAAUCGAAAGCAGUAGUCAAACACUUAGUCAAUACUGCUUUGGUGCAAAUUAGUUUUUAAUCUUCAACAUAGGAAUGCUACCAAAAAUUAUUUAAUGAAACUGGUUACAAUUGACACAGUCACCCAUGAUUCACCAAAUUAUAUUUUGAAGGAGGAAACAAAGUACUUUAAGCAUAUGUUUUCGUUUCAGUCGCCCCCAUCUCCUCUAACUGAAGCUAAUUGUAGAGAUUUUUUGUUUCUUUCUAUUGAUAAUGUAAAAUUAACAGCCAUAAAGAAAGACUGAUGUGAAGGUGAAAUUACAGAGGAGGAACUUCUGGAUGCAAUUAAAGACUUUAAGUUCGGGAAAACUCCAGGGUUGGAUGGCAUACCAGUCGAGGUAUACCAAACCUUUUUUGAUAUACUAAGAGGACCGUUAUUAGCAUGUUUUAACCAUUCCUAUGUAAAUGGUGGAUUAUCUGACACUCUAGAAGAAGGUCUGAUCUCAUUAUUACUGAAACAGGAUACAAGUGGAAAAUAUGAAGAUCCAGUCCAUUUAAAAUAUUGGAGGCCCCUUACACUUCAGUGUUGUGAUGCAAAUAUUCUAGAAAAUGUAUAAAACAUUAGAAUUAAAAAGGUGUUGUCGGAUACUAUACAUUCUAAUCAGACAGGCUUUUUACAUGGAAGAUACAUUGGAGAUAAUAUAAGGCAAGUAUUGGAAACAAUAGAACACUAUGGAAAAUCUGGGAAAUCAGGCCUGCUAUUCAUAGCAGACUGCGAAAAGGCAUUUGAUGAAGUACAACUGGGGUUUAUAUAUAUAUAUAUAUAUAUAUAUAAACCCCAGUUGUACUUUAUCAAAUGCCUUUUCACAGUCUGCUAUGAAUAGCAUAUAUAUAUAUAUAUAUAUAUAUAUAUAUAUAUAUAUAUAUAUAUAUAUAUACACACACACACACACACACACACACACACAUAUAUAUAUAUAUAUAUAUAUAUAUAUAUAUAUAUAUAUAUAUAUAUAUAUAUAUAUAUAUAUAUAUAUACACACACACACACACAGUAGGGGAAAAAAAAUAUUUAGUCAGCCACCAAUUGUGCAAGUUCUCCCACUUAAAAAGAUGAGAGAGGCCUGUAAUUUUCAUCAUAGGUACACGUCAACUAUGACAGACAAAUUGAGAAGAAAAAAAAUCCAGAAAAUCACAUUGUAGGAUUUUUAAUGAAUUUAUUUGCAAAUUAUGGUGGAAAAUAAGUAUUUGGUCACCUACCAACAAGCAAGAUUUCUGGCUCUCACAGACCUGUAACUUCUUCCCAGGCUGGGAAGACAAAGCCUACCAUCAGUAACACAGUACGCCGCCAGGGACUCAAAUCCUGCAGUGCCAGACGUGUCCCCCUGCUUAAGCCAGUACAUGUCCAGGCCCAUCUGAAGUUUGCUAGAGUGCAUUUGGAUGAUCCAGAAGAGGAUUGGGAGAAUGUCAUAUGGUCAGAUGAAACCAAAAUAGAACUUUUUGGUAAAACCUCAACUUGUCAUGUUUGGAGGACAAAGAAUGCUGAGUUGCAUCCAAAGAACACCAUACCUACUGUGAAGCAUGGGGGUGGAAACAUCAUGCUUUGGGACUGUUUUUCUGCAAAGGGACCAGGACGACUGAUCCGUGUAAAGGAAAUAAUGAAUGUGGCCAUGAAUCGUGAGAUUUUGAGUGAAAACCUACUUCCAUCAGCAAGGGCAUUGAAGAUGAAACGUGGCUGCGUCUUUCAUCAUGACAAUGAUCCCAAACACACCGCCCGGGCAACGAAGGAGUGGCUUCGUAAGAAGCAUUUCAAGGUCCUGGAGUGGCCUAGCCAGUCUCCAGAUCUCAACCCCAUAGAAAAUCUUUGGAGGGAGUUGAAAGUCCGUGUUGCCCAGCGACAGCCCCAAAACAUCACUGCUCUAGAAGAGAUCUGCAUGGAGGAAUGGGCCAAAAUACCAGCAACAGUGUGUGAAAACCUUGUGAAGACUUACAGAAAACGUUUGACCUGUGUCAUUGCCAACAAAGGGUAUAUUAGAAAGUGUUGAGAAACUUUUGUUAUUUGACCAAAUACGUAUUUUCCACCAUAAUUUGCAAAUAAAUUCAUAAAAAAUCCUACAAUGUGAUUUUCUGGAGAGAAAAAAAAUCUAAUUUUGUCUGUCAUAGUUCACGUGUACCUAUGAUGAAAAUUACAGGCCUCUCUCAUCUUUUUAAGUGGGAGAACUUGCACAAUUGGUGGCUGACUAAAUAUUUUUUUCCCCCACUGUAUUUUCAAGUUCUGCUUUUCUGAUGUAUCAAAUACUUGUGGCAUGCAAUAAAAUGCAAAUUAAUUACUUAAAAAUCAUACGUGAUUUUCUGGAUUUUUGUUUUAGAUUCCAUCUCUCACAUUUGAAGUGUACCUAUGAUAAAAAUUACAGACCUCUACAUGCUUUGUAAGUAGGAAAACCUGCAAAAUUGGCAGUGUAUCAAAUACUUGUUCUCCCCACUGUGUGUGUGUGUGUGUGUAAGUGUAUGUGUAUAUGUAUAUAUAUAUAUAUAUAUAUAUCAUUUAUAAAAACAUACAAAUAUGGGGGAUUGGAAGUGAUGCAGACAAUUACAUUUGUGGAAGUUACAAUCUAUCUGCAAUAUUAAGCUGAUCUACCCCCAAAAAAAUACUGCUUUGGUGGAGGAGGAAAUCCUUCCGGAGAUGGAGGAUGAUGAAAAGGGUCCUACGGGUGGUAGAGUACACCUCAUAGACAUACAACUGUGAGAGGUAGAACUAAAGACAAAAUGGGAACAACAGAAAUUGUAGCUCGAGGACAGCGAAAGAAAAUGUGCAGCCAGACUAGAACAAGAAGAACUUGCGCGUGCCAUUCAAUUAAAAGAGAUGGAGCUGGAAGCACGACAAAGGGAGAUAGAUCUGGACGUACUCCGACUCAAAUCAGGCUAUCAUGCACCCUCCACAGAGUUUGAUAUUGGUCUUAACAGCCGGCUUGUACCACCUUUCAACAAAAAGGAGGUAGAUGUAAAUUUUACUCUGUUUGAGCGGAUUGCCACAUCCCUAAAAUGUCCGCCAGACAUUUGGUCACUGCUCCUCCAAAGUGUUCUUGUGGGAAAAUCUCAGUGUAUGCCGCUUUAUCUCUUGACCACAGUUCAGAUUAUGAGACUGUUAAAGCUGCUAUCCUUCACCCUUACGAGUUGGUCCCAGAGGCAUACAGACAAGAGUUGAGUAAAUUACAAAAGACAGAAUCACAAAGCCAUGUUGAGUUCGCAAGGGAACAAGCUUAUCUUUUUGGUCGGUGGUGUGGUCCUCAAGAGUUCAAGGACCUUAAAGAUUUAAAGACACUUCUCGAGCAUUUCAAUGAUUGCCUUCACGAAAGAGUUGCUACCUACUUUAAAGUGCAUUCGGAAAGUAUUCAGACCCCUUGACUCAGUAAUUUGUUGAAGCACCUUUGGCAGCGAUUACAGCCUAGAGGCUUCUUGGGUAUGAUGCUACAAGCCAAUUUAUUUUCUGCAGAUCCUCUCAUGCUCUGUCAGGUUAGAUGGGGAGCCUUGCUGCACAGCUAUUUUCAGGUCUCUCCAGAGAUGUUCGUUCAGGUUCUAGUCUGGACUCUGGCUGGGUCACUCAAGGACAUUCAGAGACUUGUCCCGAAGCCACUCCUGCGUUGUCUUCGCUGUGUGCUUAGGGUCGUUGUGCUAUUGGAAGGUGAACCUUCACCCCACUCUGGAGCAGGUCUUCAUCAAGGAUCUCUGUACUUUGCUCCGUUCAUCUUUGCCUCGAUGCUGACUAGUCUUCCAGUCCCUGCCACUGAAAAACAUCCCCACAGCAUGAUGCUGCCACCACCAUGAUUCACCGUAGUGUUGGUGCCAGGUUUCCUUCAGAUGUGACGCUUGGCAUUCAGGCCAAAGAGUUCAAUCUUGGUUUCAUCAGACCAGAGAAUCUUGUUUCUCAUGGUCAGAGUCCUUUAGGUGCCUUUUGGCAAACACCAAGUGGGUUGUCAUGUGCCUUAUACUGAGGAGUGGCUUCCGUCUGGCCACUCAACCAUAAAGGCCUGAUUGGUGGAGUGCUGCAGAAAUGUUUGUCCUUCUGGAAGGUUCUCCCAUCUCCACAGAGGAACUCUAAAGCACUGUCAGAGUGACCAUCAGAUUCUUGGUCACCUCCCUGACCAAGGUCAUUUUCCCCCGAUUGCUCAGUUUGGCCGGACGGCCAGCUCUAGGAAGAGUCUUCUGGUUCCAAACUUCUUCCAUUUAAGAAUGAUGGAGACCACUGUGUUCUUGGGGACCUUCAAUGCUGCAGACAUUUUUUGGUACCCUUCCCCAGAUCUGUGCCUCAGCACAAUCCUGUCUCGGAGCUCUACAGACAAUUCCUUCGACCUCAUGGCUUGAUUUUUGCUCUGACAUGCACUGUCAACUGUGGGACCUUAUAUAGACAGGUGUGUGCCUUCCCAAAUCAUGUCCAAUCAUUUGAAUUUACCACAGUUGGACUCCAAUGAAGUUGUAGAAACAUCUCAAGGAUGAUCAAUGGAAACAGGAUUCACCAGAGCUCAAUUUCGAGGUCUGAAUACUUAUGUAAAUAAGGUAUUUCUGUUUUUCUUUCAAUAUGUUUACAAAGAUUUCUAAAAACCUGUUUUUGAUUUGUCCUUAUGGGUUAUUUUUGUGUAGGUUGCUGAGGAAAAACCUUUAUUUAAUCAAUUUUAGAAUGAGGACGUAACAUAACACAAUCUGAAUACUUUCUGAAGGCACUCUAUGAGCACAAGGAUCUCACUCUUGAGAAAGCUGCAGUCCUUGCAGAUGAGUUUGUGUUGACACGUAAAACUACCUUCACAAAGCACCCAGUAGUUAUCCCUAUGCAAAAAGCAAUCCAGAGAAGUCAUCUCCUACUGCGCGGUGUCAUUCCUUUUCUACAGUGCCCAAAGGUAA